AUGUCUCACCAGGUCAGACGUGGCUUGGACACCAGCUCCCAGAUCACCACCGAGGACCUGAAGAUGGUGGAGGAGGCGGAGAAUGGGCGCGACACCCGUCAACGGGAACAGGAGCGAGGAGAAUGGCAAAUGAGGGCCUGCAAUGAGGUAGAGGAGGAGGAGGAGGAAGCCAGGGAGGAGGAGGAGAACAGAGAUGAAGAGGAGGAGGAGGAGGCAGAGGCAGCUACGAGCAACCGGGAAGCUGAAGAUAAUAAGGAUGACCAGGUGGACACCAAGAAGCAGAAGAUUGGCAGGAUGACUAGACAGCAAACAGGAAAAAUUAUAAAAAGGCCACCGUGA